UAAUAGCUCAUGGAAAAUAAAUGGAACCGAUGGUGUUAACGGCAAGUAUGACUUGGACUUUCAUUGAUCAAAAAAGGGCGUCAAUUAUUCUACCCGUGGAACAGCACCUCAGGGGGCUUAAAGCUUGGGCUUAGCCUCUACAUUAAAGUCAAAAACGUUUGCUUGGUGGAGUUUGGAGACGUGUUUCCACACGUUUGGUACCGGCAAUGAAACGAGCAGACGGCGGAGUGAGUGUGGAGUGUUCCGCCACUGCUGCGGCUCAUCUGUUAAUCAGCUGAUCAGGACGGCGGAGAGGGGACCGCUUGGCUACAGACACCGCUCAUCUGCUGCACUGGGCGCCAGAGAUGAGCAACGCUGCGAGGGAAGUUGUGGAUCUGUAGCCGAUUGAAUCACAUCAGCUGGUCAUCUGAGAUGAGGGUUCUACCGGUGCCUGCUGAGACUGUUCCCAGUGUGUCCUGUGGGAUCAGGAUGGGGGUAAAAGAGCGUCCUCAGUGCUACUUUGAUGUGGAGAUUAACAGAGAACCAGUUGGACGCAUAGUCUUUCAGCUGUUCUCCGAUGUCUGUCCCAAGACCAGUAAAAACUUCCUCAGUCUGUGCACUGGUGACAGAGGAGCAGGUAAAACCACGGGGAAAAAGCUAUGUUUUAAAGGCUCCACGUUCCACAGAGUUGUAAAGAACUUCAUGAUUCAAGGAGGAGACUUCACAGAAGGAAAUGGAAGAGGAGGGGAGUCCAUAUAUGGCGGAUACUUCGAAGAUGAGAACUUUAUUCUCAAACACGACAGGGCUUUCCUGCUGUCCAUGGCCAAUCGCGGUAAACACACCAACGGCUCCCAGUUCUUCAUAACCACCAAGACAGCACCUCAUCUGGACGGGGUUCAUGUGGUGUUUGGCUUGGUCAUCUCGGGCUUUGAGGUGGUCAAGCGGAUUGAGGGUCUGAAGACAGAUGGGGCAAGUCGGCCGUACGCUGAUGUCAGGGUCAUGGACUGUGGUCAGCUGAUUGUCAAGUCGGCUAAUGAUGUACUGGAAGGAAAAAGGAAGAGGCGCUCUCAUUCAGCAGACUCCUCCCUCAGUUCUCCUAGCUCCUCCUCUCAGGGGUCCGGCAGUGAGACAGACGAGAAAUGCCGUCACCAUCGACAGAAGAGACGCUCCAGGAGGAAGAGGAGGAGGGAUCGGAAGGAAGAGGCUCACAAUGAGAGAGGGCUGACUUCUCUGAACAGCCUUGUGGAUGGAGGGAUGAAGGAGGAGCCGGUUGGAGAAAAGGACCUGAGUAGCGUGAAGAGAGAGAAGCCAGUUGUUCGUAUAGAAGAGAUCCCUCCUGUUCCAGAGAACCGCUUCCUGUUGAGGAGAGACCAGCCGUCUCAGGAGAACCAACCAGACAAAUCUGAGCCAGAAGCUUCUUCCCUUUCUCAAGACCAGAAGCCCUCUGUCACCAAGUCCGGACGCAAGCUGAAAGGCAGAGGGACAAUGAGAUACCACACCCCAACGCACUCCAAGUCCUACUCCGCUUCAGAGGAGGAGCAGGGAGAAGGGAGCAGCGAGACUCCACCUCACUGGAAGGAGGAGAUGCAGAGGAGCAAGACGUACCAGCCACCCAGCGUAGAGAAAUGGAGUAGGGGUGACCAAUUGAAUGACCAUUGUUCCAGCAGAUGGGAGGAGGAACACAGCAGGAGCGACUCACCGUGGUCACCGUCCCCAGAUCGUUCCUCGGGCCAAUCUUCUGACCGCUCCAGCCAGCCACGCCCACACAGAAAAGAGAAGAAGAAAGCAAAGCGCAAGAAGAAAGCCAAGAAACGCAAGCACGCAAAGAGGCACAAGAAGGAAUCCUCCAAGAGCAAAGAGCCCAAAGAAUUGCCUGUCAUAGCGGGUCAGAGGUCACCAUCCAGUCAUGUAGAGAGAUCACCUUCCCCACCUCGGACCCCCUCUUCCUACCGACGUUCCCCCAGGAAGCAGUCCUCUGGAUCAGGCAGACGGCACCGCUCCUCCCAGUCCUCCAGAGCCUCCAGGUCCUACUCCAGGUCUCAUACCCUGAGCCGCUCCAGAUCCAGAAUUAGGUCCAGGUCUUACUCCCAGUCCAGGAGUCGGUCUCACUCCAGGCGUAGGUCUUUGUCCAGGUCAAGGUCCCGGUCCAUAUCCAGGUCUAGAUCCCGAUCUCGGUAUAGAUCCAGAUCCAGGUCUUUAUCUCGGCCCAGGAGGAGGAACGCUGUCACAUCUUCAAAGAAGUCCAAUCUGUCUGACAACAGCAGACUGAAGCCAGACACCUUAACUCCAAGUUCAGUGAAGGGUGUGGAGACCCAAAGCAGGGCCCUGCCUGCCACCUCAGCCACUGACAACGCCCCUGUUAUUCCCAUGAGCGACAGCCCCCCUCCCUCACGCUGGAAGCCUGGCCAGAAACCAUGGAGACCUUCUUAUGUCCAGGAGGUCAAGACCAAGACAACCCCAGCAUCUCUAGCCCCGAUGGGCCCUGCUGCCCCCAGUUCAGCUCCAAACCAGACCCAAUCCUCGCCAGCGCUGAUGGCCCACCCAGAAAAUUCCAACCUGGCGAAGAAACAGCGUUACAAAUCCCACAGAAACCAGAGACGAUCACACAGCGGCUCCUAUAGGAGUACGUCCUAUAGCCGGUCUCUCAGCCGGUCUCACUCCAGGAGUAACUCCGGAUCCAGGACCCAGUCACCCAGUCAUGAUGACAGCAGAUCUUCAUCCUACAGCAGGUCAGACUCCUCUGACUCUCCCAGGAGAGGAAUGGACGGGAGACAGUUCAAUGACAAGCCCAAACACAAGACAAAGAGCACAUACAAGACAAAGACCCCAGACAAGACAAAGAGCACAUACAAGACAAAGACCCCAGACAAGACAAAGACCAUUGACAAGGGCAAGACUUUAGACAAGAGCAGGUUAGACAAGGGCUGGAAGAAGUACUACAGCUCUCUGAAGAGGAUCAAGAACCUGGAUAAGUACCUAACGGUGCCUGAUUCCCAGAUCCACACAUCUUCAUCUGACUCUGAGCAUGGAACCGCAAGUGAACACAGUUCUAGUCCCGGGCCCAGACAAAAUGGCUCCAAGGGAACCUCAUCAGAACGUGCAAAGGGUCUAAAAUUAAACCAAAACUCAUUGGAGGAACCCAAGAGUAGGUCAGAAUGGGACAGUGACGGAGAUAAACUAGGCAAGAAGACCAGCAUGUUGAAGAACCAAAAGCCUGAGGUUAGAUCUGCUGGGGUUCCUGACCAGAGGCUGGCAUCUGUUGCUGGGUGGGACUCUGAGAGUGACUCUGAGAAAGUUUUGCCAAAGAUGGCUGCCAAGAUGGCUGGGUCUGAAACCAAGCUUUUCCUGUCAGAGAAGGAGGAGGGUGAAGCCAGUUCAGAGUCUGAACACGAGCACACCAAGAUAAGCAAAACCCCUGAUGUGAUGGUGCCGGAUUCCACACUAUUGGAGGGUAGUCUUGAAAAAGGGGCAGAGGGAGAGCGACACAAGAGCAGGAAGAAGAAUAAACGGAAACACAAACACAAGAGGAGGAUAUCUGCCAAGUCUGGCUCCCAUAGGUCAAAGCUGAAGACAAAGAGGUCCAAAAGGAAACACCAGAAAUUGAAGGAGACGUUCCACUGGCAGCCGCCGCUGGAGUUUGGAGAGGAAGAGGAGGAAGACGAAUCACAGAAAGAGAAACGCCUGGAGCAACAGUGUGCUGUUUCAAGGGACGCGCCUCCAAGAGGAAGGUCAGGCAAAUCCCCAUGUCUGGCAAAGGAGGACAAGGAGAGAACUCACAGUUCACCCAACCGAAACGGUUCUCUACAGCGAACGCCACACCGCACAGAUGAUGGGGCAGAGAUGACGAAAAAGCAGAGCACUAAAUCAACUGCAAACUCAACUCCAAAACACACUGACCAACAGAAUCUUACUGUUAAACUGUCAACGAUGGAAGAGCAUCACAUGGCAGUAGACGAUAUGGAGAUCUGCACCCCAGAACACAAUGACCUACCUGAGGCACAAAUCGCACCACCCGGGCCCCAGGCAGCAGACAUCACUCUAAAAACCCUGGCUUCUCUGAGUCACUCCUUAAAGAGCAAGGAUUCGUUUCUGUCACCUGUUACAGAAAAACAACAGUCUUCUGCCUCUCUGCCAGCAGUGACGCUAGCUAGUGGGCUGCAGCAGGACCCACCUGCAGUGUUAGCUGCUGGACCUCCGGCUGAUCCAAAAUGGAAACCUUUGAAGGGGAUGGCUGCUCUACAGGCCCUGAACCAAAACCCCUCCCCUGCAGCCCAUCUGCUCCCCAACAGAACCCUGGAGCCCAGCGGGUCAAUGAUCCAUCCCCAGCACCCAGGCAGUAGGACACAGAGCCAGGGUGGGAGGACCCAGGGGGUGGUCAGCAUUCAGAUAAAGAGCCAAAGCCGGGUACGUCCGGGAUCGCUUUUUGACGAGGUGCGGAAGACAGCCAGACUGAACCAGAGGCCCAGGAACCAGGACAGCAGCUCCAGUGAGGAGAGUUCCCUUUCUGCAGCUAGAGCCGGGGGUGUGGCCAGGGAGGAGGGAAGGGGCAUCAGGAGGUCCCGGUCGGAGUCUAGCCACUCCCACAGGUCCAAGUCCAGAGGGAGGUCCCAUUCCUCCAGCCGCUCACGCUCGUCCAGCUACUCCUCCAGUCGGAGCAGAAGCAGAAGAAGGUACACCAGGGGGCGCUCCCGGAGUUCCACCUACCGCAGCUACAAGAGUCACAGUCGGACAUACAGCAGAAGUCAUUCCAGAAGCUACUCCUAUGAUCGUCGUAGAAGGUCAAGGUCAGACUCCUAUGACAGCUACUCCAGUCGGAGUCGCAGUGGCAGCAGGAGACGAGGAGGGAGGAGGAGGAGGAGUGACAGCUACAGGAGCUCAAGGUCCUACCGCUCUUCUAGUAACAGCACCUCCAGACACAGCAGCAGCAGCAGAUACAGCUGACCCGUGUGUCUGUCUGCCUGACCCGUGUGUCUGUCUGUCUGUCUGCCUGA